UGGCAGGCGGUGUAUGGUUGGUUGGUUUGUGGUUGUGUUGGAAGUCUCGCUCGCUUGUCAAUAUCACACACAACGAAUGCAUUAAUGCUAAGAGAUGGGAAUCUUGCAGUCAUGCUUCCACGACGAACUGCUGUAGCGCUGCUCGCCCUGUGUGGAUUAAUAGCGGUCGGCGAUGCUCUUAAGUGUAAUUGCACCGCCUGUGAGAGCAGCGGUUAUGUGUGCGAGACCGAUGGGGCCUGCAUGGCCUCUACAUCCUACAUGAAUGGUCAGGAGGAGCAGCAAGUUCGGAUCUGCAUCCCACGUGUCAGCCUGGUACCACCAGGACAGCCCAUCUACUGCUUGAGCGCCAAAGGCCUGCUCAACACACACUGCUGUUAUACGGACUUCUGCAACAGCAUCAACCUUCAGAUUCCCAGCGGUAGGAGUACAGGCCAAAUACACUACCCUUCAAAAGUUUGGGGGCUUACUGAAGAUAAAGUGGACAGUUGGGGUCCUGUAGAGCUGGUGGCAAUAAUAGCAGGCCCGGUCUUCCUCUUCUGCUUGCUGCUUAUUGUGGGAGUGCUCGUUUUCCAGUAUCACCAGCGCAACUAUAACCAUCGGCAGCGACUCGAUGUUGAGGAUCCGUCCUGUGAUCAUCUGUACUUGGCCAAAGACAAGACCUUACAGGAUCUCAUUUUUGAUCUGUCCACCUCCGGUUCAGGAUCUGGUCUGCCCUUGUUUGUUCAGCGAACAGUGGCCAGGACAAUUGUACUGCAGGAGAUCAUAGGUAAAGGUCGCUUUGGGGAAGUAUGGAGGGGGAGAUGGAGAGGAGGGGAUGUGGCCGUGAAGAUAUUCUCAUCCAGAGAGGAACGCUCCUGGUUCCGUGAGGCGGAGAUUUACCAGACCAUCAUGCUCCGUCAUGAGAACAUCUUGGGCUUCAUUGCUGCUGAUAAUAAAGACAAUGGCACAUGGACACAGCUGUGGCUGGUGUCGGACUACCAUGAACAUGGCUCAUUAUUUGACUAUCUCAACCACUACUCCGUCACAAUCGAGGGAAUGAUUAAGUUAUCACUCUCAGCGGCCAGUGGCCUGGCACAUCUGCACAUGGAAAUCCUGGGAACACAGGGGAAACCAGGCAUUGCACAUCGUGACCUCAAAUCUAAAAACAUCCUGGUAAAAAAGAAUGGUACUUGUGCCAUAGCAGAUCUGGGGCUCGCUGUACGGCACGAGUCCAUCACUGAUACUAUAGACAUCGCACCUAAUCAGAGGGUUGGCACCAAAAGAUACAUGGCCCCAGAGGUACUAGAUGAAACAAUCAACAUGAAGCAUUUUGAUUCUUUCAAGUGUGCUGACAUCUAUGCUUUGGGACUAGUAUACUGGGAGAUUGCGCGACGGUGUAAUGCUGGAGGCAUCCAUGAAGAUUACCAGCUUCCCUACUAUGAUCUGGUGCCCUCCGACCCCUCCAUAGAAGAGAUGAGGAAGGUGGUGUGUGAUCAGAGAUUACGGCCAAAUGUGCCCAACUGGUGGCAGAGCUACGAGGCAUUGAGAGUGAUGGGGAAGAUCAUGCGGGAGUGCUGGUAUGCCAACGGAGCGGCGCGGCUUACGGCUCUGCGGAUUAAGAAGACUCUCUCGCAACUCAGCGUCCAAGAAGACGUUAAGAUCUGAAACACGCGGGAUGCUGCAGAUCCCUGUAGAGACGCACAAGCGAAUAAAGACUUACGCCAAAAGCAGCCUGCCAGUUUUAGCCCUUUUUUGAACCUUCGAAAGUUGUGACGAGGCCUACCUCACCAUCUAAGAUGAAACUACUGAGGUUGAGUCCAUCCCAGCCCUUUUUCCAUUUCUCCAACAUCAAAGUUUCCAUUUGUGGAUGAGCCUCCAACCGCUGAUAUCAGCACAACCUCCCUCCAUGGACCUAUUGUUGUUGAGUUCUUUGUUUUUGGCAGGAAUGACAAUUGAACUGUGACAGGCAUUUUGAUUUUAUCAUUGUUUUUAUUUCACCACUUUCGUCCAAAAUGAACUCUGCCGUGUGACUUUUUGAAAGAAUGUUUAGAUUUCAUUUUUGUGCGUCCUCACACUAAAACACCGUAUGUCAUAUUCCAGCGUCAGUCUACGAUUAUAUAUAGUGCUCUACUGCUGUUGUGAGAAUGUGAAAAAAUGUGGAUAACACUGUCUUCUCCUGUUAUGACUAGCAAUUCAUGUACAAAGCUAAGUGUAGCAAAGUGUGACUGUGUGACAAAGUGGCACUGCAGUUCUUUAUUCCUGUGGAAGAAAUGAAGAAGUGCAGAUUAUUUACUCCAGCCUGCUAAUUUAUCUGUUCAGGCUAAAAACUCACUCCAUCGAUGUGGUUUCGGGUUCGAAUGCUUUUAAACGUUCACAGGGAGUGUGUGUGUGCGCAUGUGUUUUAUUUAAUAGUUUUCGGGUUCUUAAAAUCCGUGUUGUGAUUGCUGAAUGCAUUGCGGGAUGAUUGCUCAUGUUAUCUGAUGACAUUAAGAACAUUUUCUGUCAUAAGGAAAGUCGCUACCACUUGUAUGGUUGUUGUUGUUUUUUUUAAAUCAGCAUUUUAAUGGGAACUUUUAGUAUGUUUCAUUCCCAUUAUUUUGGGAUGUUGGCAUGUUAAACUGCACUGUUGUCAUUUGUUUCCAAUCAGUGUCCUUUUAGGGAUGUAGUAGUUAGUACCACUUCAGCAAACACACACAUGUAAAGUAUUGAAGUAAAAUAAUGCAUCUCUCUAUUUGCCUGCAUUACAACAUUUAUAUUUCUCUGCUUUGCCUUGCAUUGAAGAGUUGUCAUUCAGUUUAAUUUAUAAGUACUACUGAACAUUUCUUCCUCAUCUUUACAUUUAGAGUUUUACUAAUCACUAAUGCUGGGCACGACGACACUGCAUCAUCCUUUGAAUGCCAUCUUCACUACUCCCUCCAUCCUGUAUUAACUUAACUUGCACCAACGCCUUGAACACAAUCAGAAAUCUAAAGGGUUCUGAAUGGUUAACUGGAAUAUGUAGGUGCAAAACAUGACUAGAUUAGCAUUGAUGGCGAAUGCUUGUUGAAGGGCUGGAGGAGAAUAAGGGUCCUGUAUUAUGUGUAAGAGGCUCUAUUACAGUCCAUUUCUGAUUGACCUGUACAAUUUAUUUAGUCAAGGUCAUAUCUUAUGAAUCUGCUCUGUGUAGCUGGAAUAUGUUUGAUGACAGCAGCUUGAUUCAGUCGAGUUGAGCGACGCUAAGUUCUGACUAAACUUUGUUAUAACAUGGUGCUCUACAUCAUACACUGGGAAUUCUGUCCUUAGAAAUGUAUAGGCAAAUUGUUCCACUAUUUAUAUUGUGCUUGCUUUUUUCCUUACAACUUGGAUUUUGCAGAUGUUUGUAAAACAUGUACUUUAACUUUUGCUGAAGACUUAAGGAAUGACACUUAUUUCAGACAGUAGUUACUGCCACUUUGUGGAGGCAAUUUAGUCCAAAUUCCCUGACAUGUUUGUCCAUUUUAGUCUUGAUAAUAAGAGUUCAGACUUGGUAGCUGAUGCUUUCAGUCCGAUGCAUAUGAGUUUUUGAUCCUGAGGUUCCAUGUGUAUUUUAAACAUAUUGAAAACAAAUCCACUUGUGGGUUAGUUAAUAUAAUGUACAUAAAUGGUAUACAGUAAUAAAUCCUUUUUCUUA